AUGUCUCCAGCACAAUGGGAGAUGAAGGCCGAGGCUUGCCGGCAAAUCCUGCAGAAGUCACUGAAACCCGAAUGGCUUCUUCCUCCAGACCGGCUACCACUCGCCAGCCAGCUCAAUGUAUCUAACUUUGUUGAGUCUUGCGGACAGUUGACGCCGCGCGAGCUGCAGAUCACGGCGAGCACCGCGGCCGAGCUGACGAGUCAGAUGGCCGAAGGCAAGCUCACUGCGGUCGAGACUGUCACGGCUUUCUUGAAAAGAGGUCACAUUGCGCAUCAACUUGUGAACUUUGCUACCGAGUUCAUGGUUGAAGAUGCACUGGCUGCUGCCGAGGAGCUGGAUGCGCACUUCAAGAAAACCGGGAACCUCGUUGGGCCUUUGCACGGUGUACCGAUAUCCGCCAAGGAGCACAUGAGCCUGAAAGGCCGUAGAGUCCACUCUGGCUAUGUCGCAUGGGCCGACAACGUGGCCGAUGAAGAUGCUCUAGUCAUUCGUCUGGCAAAGGCUGCCGGCGCGGUGUUCCAUGUUCGGACGAACGAGCCUCAGAGCGUCAUGCAUCUUGACUGCAGCAAUCCCAUUUACGGAACAACGGUGAACCCCUACAACCGAAAUUUGACAACCAACAGUAUUGCAGACCUCGACCUGUUCCAGAAGGUCAUCAUCGAUCAGGAGCCUUGGGAGGAAGAGACCCAGCUUGUACCUUUGCCCUGGAAACGACGCGAGCCGUACAAAACUGGAGACUUCACCAUAGGUGUCAUUUGGGAUGAUGGGAUGGCUCACCCUCACCCGCCUGUUACACGGGCCCUGAAGCAUGCGGUCGCGAAGCUCAAAGAUGCCGGAAUCAAGGUUGUUGACUAUGAGCCAUACAACCACAAGGAGGGAGCCGAAAUCAUUCAGACCCUCUAUUUCCCUGAUGCAGCUGCAACUCAAAGAGAACUCUUGAAGAAGGGCGGUGAACCUGUUGCAUUCUUGACAGAAUGGGCAUUCGCGUACUCAAAGCCUGAACCACUUUCUAUCAGAGAGAACUGGGAACUGAAUGUUCGACGAGACAACUUUAGGGACGCCUAUCACAAAAGCAUGAAGGAUCGCGGAGUUGACUUCAUCUUGUGUCCAGCGUACGUGGGCCCUCCUGCAAGAUUGGGCGAGGCGCAAUACUGGCAUUACACUACGAUCUGGAAUAUUCUAGAUCAGCCAAGUGUGAUAUUUCCGACGGGAAUCCACGUUGAUCCAGCCAUCGAUGUUGUGGAGGAGGAUUACAACCCUCGCUCUGCCGAGGACGAGCGAGAGUACAAGAAAUAUACUCCAGAAGAUUUCAAGGACGCUCCCAUUGCGUUGCAACUCGCGGGCAAACACUUCCGAGACGAAGAUACGAUCGCUGCCUCUGAGAUGGUGUCCAGGAUUAUUCAACAGUAA